AUGGUCUACGUCGCUGACGAUACCUCGGCAACUCUCACAGUUCCUCAGAACAAAGGAUACGAGGCAAUGGUCUACUUGACGUAUCUGAUUGAUCACUACGACAACCUUCCAGAGAUUAUGGUAUUCAUGCACGCUGGGAGGAUCUCAUGGCACAACAACGCCCUUUUGCUUGCACGUGCUGACUUGAUGGUCAACAAAUUAAACAUUACGACCGUUCUUCGGCAAGGUUUUGUUGGACUAGCAUGUGACGCACACCUGCAAAGGCAUAUCGGGUCUGUGCCCAAUGUGGCAGGAAUUUCAUCAUUGGAACUCACGAGGGAAGAUUGGUUCACAAACCCUCAAGAUCUACCGCGCAUUGCACCAACUGAAUGGCACCAGCGAUAUCUUGACUUGUGGGAAAGCCUCUUUCCAAAUACACCGGCACCAUUGACGAUUGAUGCUCCUAAAGGAGGGCAAUUUGCACUUUCUAGACAAACUGCGAUGUUGGUCCCAAAGGAAAAAUUAAGCAGGCUUCGUGACUGGCUCAUUGCGACACCAUUGCCCUCUAAGUGUGCUGGGGCAGUUUUCGAAGCACUCUGGCACCUUAUCUUCCUAGGUCCAACCAACAGCAGUAUCUCAACGCAAUCAUCCGUUUGCUACUGCCAGUUGUACGACAUCUGUCCGCAACAAGGUUCAACGUCGGAAGAGCAGGCAAAUUUAGUCUUCGAUGCCUCUGUAGUUAUGGCAUUACAGUUACUAGACAAUAAAGAAAAUUAG